UGCUGUGAAGUUCGCAUAACACCCAUUACGCGCUUUAUAACAAACACAUAACCGCUCAGAGUGCCUAUAGAUACACCCGAGAGCAUAUGUACAUAAAUCAACGGCUGUUUUUCAACUUCACAACGGCCUUAUCUCGAUGACAGCCCCGGCGGCCAGACCGACUCUGACCGCGCUCCGCCACCAGAAUCAACUGACGUUUCUGAUGUCCCGCCUUCACGUACAGACACAACCAAUGACAUCGUCGGAAAAUUCGAGCGUGGUGACGUUUCCGCUUCUGCGCACAUGCGCAAUGUCAUUUUGUCCAAAGCUCCUCACUGUUCACAUCGAAGAUGGCGGCAGGCUUUGACCUGCUAUAUAAGGAUUUCUGUAUUAAAAGAGUGGGCAAGAAACUUUUUAUCGUUACUUCAGGUUGCAUUAGAUUAGAAGUUACCAGAUCUUGUCACAAUAAGUUUGAGGUAAGCGCCCAGGCAGCCGGAAAUCACCCAGCUGACUCCGGGAAAAAAGGCAAUUCAACUAGCUAAUGUUAACAUUUUGCGAGCUCAGGCUACUGCUGCGAGUCUUGUACAUAUGAACAUAGUGAAAGCAGCGAGUCUCGAAGUGUGUUAGAGCUUAAUUUCUCCCAAAAUCAUUGCUUAUAGUGGAGUUGAGUUGACAAGGGCGCUUGUCAAAUCCGUAUUGACAUUGUGACACGAGAUUCCCCUUCACUCACGCUUGCACCUACUUCGAACUGGAGAAGGGUGUUUUUUAAUCAAAACUUCUUGAACUGAUGUGUGCCAGAGGCACUGAUGGAUAACAACUAACCCGAUACAGUGUUUCUUAAUGCUAUGGUAACUACUUUGCCAAGCCACGGUGCGAAGAUCGGGACGUCCGCAGUGCAAACUUUGAACGGAGGCAAUGCAAUGGAUCCGCACGCUGAAAGCGGCACUCCAGUGUCCAGUGGCCAAGCAACAUCAUCAGACGCCGCUUCAACUUCAGUCCCGGUUGUCAAUAACGGGCCCGGGGUGGCGAAAGGACAUGCGAACGUGACCGUCGCCUCAAGCCCAAACACAGUCAUCCAGUCUUCUUACGGGACUCCACAGUGCCCUGCGCCCGCAGCAUCAGCAUCCAGUGCGGGACCCUCAGCUGUCACGCCAUCUAUGCAAACUGCUGGAGCAGGUUUAACUAUUAACGGAAGUAAUAAUAACGCCGUUUCGGUGACUGUAGCCAAUGUAGCGACCCAGCCAGUACCCGGAACAACUUCAACUACUACAACAGCCCCACUUUUAAUGAACCAGACUCCCACCUCUGUGUCUGCGAGUCCUAACACGUCAGAGUCCCCUAAAACUUUCAGCCCGGCCGGCAUGACCAUCGGACCGCAGCUGCAGAGCCCUGGCGCGGUCAAGGGAGCUGUGUUGCAGGGAGUUGUGAGAACUGCAGCUCCGGCAGCAGCAUCCAAUCCUGCCAUCAGGGCCAUUGCGCCACAGGUGUUAGCGCCACGACUACCCCAGAGCAACCCGGGUCAGAGCAUCCAGAACAUCCAACUACCUCCAGGUAUGGUGUUGGUGCGUAGUGACAGUGGUCAGUUGUUGAUGAUCCCUCAGCAGAUGUUGGCACAGAUGCAGGCCCAGUCUCAGGCCCCCCGCCCUGCUGCCCCCACCAGCACCGCCCCUGGGCAGAUCACCUCUGCGCAGGCACCUGGAACCCCACUGAUGGCCCGACAGGUGACCCCCACCACCAUCAUAAAGCAGGGCUCUCCUACAGCCAGCAGCACGGCCACAACCACACUCCAGAGACCACCUGUACAGGCCUCCUCUGUGGGUUCAGUGCUGUCAGUGCCGGCAGGGACCGCCCAAAGGACUGUGACUGCUGCCACAGGGACCACCGUAUCCCCGACAACGGAGACGAUGGAGAACGUAAAGAAAUGUAGGAACUUUCUGUCCACGUUGAUAAAGCUGGCAACAAGCGGUAAGCAGUCAUCGGAGACUGUCGCCAAUGUGAAAGAGCUGGUCAGGAACCUGCUGGAAGGGACGAUUGAAGCAGAGGAUUUCACCAGCAGACUCUACAAAGAGCUCAACUCCUCUCCACAGCCUUACCUAGUGCCUUUCCUUAAGAGGAGUCUUCCAGCUCUGCGACAGCUCACUCCCGACUCCACGGCCUUUAUCCAGCAGAGCCAAUCUGGACUUCCUGUCAUGGUGACCAGCCCAAGCACUGCUGCUGCUACAGCCUCCCGCACGCUCAUCCAAUCCCCCCUCAGCAACUCCAGCCAGACCACCUCUCUGGUGUUGCAGUCCCAGAGGACGAUAGUGAAGCCCCCUCAGGUUACCCUGACAACCACUCCCAUGGUUACGCUCAGGGGUCAGCCACAUAGCCACAUAGUAGUGGGCCAACCUCAGGUGCAGCUUCAGACAGUGGCAGUGAAGCAGGGUGUGGUGACCAGCAGUAAACUGGCUCCCAGUUCAGUGUCUGUAGCUUUAGCUCAGAAGAAUAAAGCGAAGGAUGCUGCUGGAGGAACUUUCAGGGACGAUGACGACAUCAAUGACGUGGCUUCAAUGGCGGGUGUUAAUCUUUCUGAAGAGAGCGCCCGAAUACUGGCCACAAACUCCGAGCUGGUCGGCGCAGUCACGCGGUCUUGUAAGGAUGAAGCUUUUCUCUCUGCCAGUCUGCUACAGCACAAGAUACUAGAGAUAGGCCGAAGGUUCGGAGUGACAGAGCUGGGACCCGAAGUGGUGAACAUCGUCUCUCAUGCCACUCAACAGAGACUGCAGAACCUUUUAGAAAAGAUCUCAUUGAUCGCCCAACAAAAGAACAUGACUUAUAAGGAGGACACUCGGUAUGAGCAGGUGGACGAUGUUCGCUCUCAGCUGAAGUUCUUUGAACAGCUCGACCAGCUGGAGAAACAGAAGAAAGAGGAACAGGAGAGAGAAAUUUUAAUGAAGGCAGCUAAGUCACGCUCGCGCCAAGAGGACCCCGAGCAGCUGCGGCUGAAACAGAAGGCCAAAGAGAUGCAACAGCAGGAACUGGCUCAGAUUAGACAGAGGGACGCCAACUUGACGGCGCUGGCGGCUAUCGGACCCAGAAAGAAAAGAAAACUGGAUUCUCCUUCGCUCGGGAAUGACGCAGAGGGAUCAGGCUUGUCAGCAAGUGCGUCCGGGGGCUUAAAUGCUGGAGCGUCGAGGCAGUACACCCGCCAACGCAUCACGCGAGUUAACCUCAGGGAUCUGCUCUUCUGUCUAGAGAACGAGAAAAGCACCAGCCACUCACAACUGCUCUACCGAGCCCUCCUCAAAUAACAGAUAGCCCCAUCAUUUCAGCCUUUAGGUCUCGCUCUCAGUGUCUUUGUUACUGUUAUUAUCAUUCUCUGUCAUUCCCUUUAAAUCUUUCUUUAUCGCUCUUUGACUCUUUUCAGUUCAUCGCUGUCUCACAUACUCGCACAGUGAUGCGUUCUCUUUUGCUUUCUCCGGCUGACCUGUGCUUUUUUGUUUUUCACAUUCUGUUCGUUUUAUCUAUUUUAAUUUGCCUUGUUUUUAGCUUCUUGACCUUUUUUUUUUAGGAUUUUACUCUUAAAAUUAUGUUUAAAGAAAAUUGCAAUUAUAAAUAUAUAUAUAUAUAUGUUUUUCAUAGAAGGUGGCUUUGUAUUGUGCAAAUUACCUAUGUAAAAAAGAUUCAGUGUAACUACACAUUCAUUUUAUAUUUGUGUUUUUAUAAAGAUGUUUUAAGAAAUAAAAGUGGACAAAGUUUCUAUGAAAUA